AUGGGUCGGGCGUUUACGAACAGUCGUGGCGCUAAGCGGACAGAACCAGCUGGGAGGGAAAGGGGAGGGGAAUACGCGUUAGAGGAGAUUCGCUAUGCUGCAUUCACGGCUGAUGGCAGCUACGUGGCAGUGGCCACGUCAGCAGGUUUCAAGAUAUUCCGCUGUGCUGACGUGGCGCAGCCCGUGGUGAGCCACCUGGGCGUGGGCCCGAUAAAGAUCGCGGAGCUCACUCUCAUCGCGCCACGUGGCGCACCACCAUUAAUCGCAUUCGUUGGCACUGGAGACACGCCGCACCUGUCGCCUCGAGAGCUGCAUCUAGCUUCCGUCGCCCAUCCAGCUUUCCCACCUCCUCCAUCCACCUCCCCUACUUCUUUAUCUCCCUCCUCUCCCACCCUUCUCGGCACCCUCUCCUUCCUCACCAUCAUCACUGCAGUCCGUCUCAACCACUCUAGGCUGUUAGUCCUCCUCGAAUCCAGGCUAUCACUGCAUGACGUCACUCCCCAGGGAGUUGCAACCGGCUUCCCUCUGCUGCUCUCCCUCACUGUCGCUCCAAACCCCAACGGCAUCUGUGCCCUGAGCCCGCUCUCUCCUCGCCCCCUCACCCCCUGCUUCUGUGCCGUCCCUGCUGCUGCUCCUCGCCCCUCCCUCCUCUCCCUCUCCCCGCGAGCCACCUCGUCCUCCUCGUCGCCCUCAUCGGAUCAAGGCACUCUUCUCAUUGUCGACCUCGUUUCUCUCCAGGCUUCUGGCCAGAUCAAGGCUCACGACGGGCCGAUCGCAGCUGUUGAAAUCACCUCGCUGCUCCCAACCCUUCCAUCUCCUCUGCGGCAAAAUGAGCCGAAUUUUCAAGGGGACGGGGAGGGGGGAGGAGGGGAGGACGGGGAGGGGGAAGAAGGGGGAGAGUGGGGGAAUGAGAAGGGAGGAGGAGGGGGGAGGGAACUGCUGGCGUCAGCAUCUGCCAAGGGCACUGUGAUUCGAGUGCACUGCAUCCGGACAGGCAACAAGCUCUUCUCUUUCAGAAGAGGCGCCCACCCUGCUUCUAUCUUCUCCAUCUCCUUCUCCCCGCCAGGCUCUCUCCCUCGUUCUCUUGCUCUCACCAGCAGCACCGGCACUGCCCAUAUAUUUCAUCUCCCUCUCCCCUCCUCUUCCGCCUCCUCACACUCCUCCUCUCACUCCUCCCCUCACUCCUCUCAUUCUUCUCACUCCAACUUCAGUUCCUCCUCUUCCUCCUCCUCGUUCUCUGCGUCUGAUCUUUUCAAGAGCUCUGGUGGUAGAAGGCACAGCGAUGUGACUGUGCACCAUGUGACUGUAGCAGGGGAAGAGAGCAUCUGUGCCAUGGCCGUCCGCUCGACUGUUCCACAGCAGGAGCAGCAGUUUUCGCUGCAACAGCAGCAACAAGAGCACCAGCCGCAACAGCAGCAGCAGCAACAGCAGCACCAGCAGCAGCAGCAGCAACAGCAGCAGCAGCAGCAGCAGCAUAGGGG